AUGCCCAAAAACGAAUCGGCAUACGGCCAGGCGGCCGGCGACACCGACUUCCGCAAAAAGUACGACCUCGACGAGUACGCGGCUAAGGCUAAAGACCGCGAGGCGGCCGAGAAGGAGGAGCGAAAGGCACGAUGGGAGGCAAAGAUGGCGGGCAAGAAAUACUACAAACCGAUGGACGGGAGCGAGACGCUCACCACGGCCCGCAACGCCACCCAGGACUUCAGCAAGCUGGUCGGGACGUCGACGCUGGUGCCCGCGGGCGCCGGCGUCGGCAAGCGCGGCCGCGGCGCCGGCUUCUACUGCGAGGCCUGCGACUUGACCUUCAAGGACAACCUGCAAUGGAUCGAGCAUACCAACAGCAUGCAACACCAGCGGAGCAUUGGCGCUACAGGCGAGGUGCGCAAGGCGACGGCCGAGGAGGUGCACGCGCGCAUCGAGGCGCUGUGGGAGCGGGAGCAGGAGCGCAAGAGGGAGCAGGUCGUUUCGCUUGCGGAGCGGUUGGAGGUGCGGAAGGAGGAGGAGGAGAAGGAGAGGGAGGAGAAGAGGCGGAAACGAAAGGAGGCGGAGGAGCGGAAGAGGUUGGAGAAGGAGGCUGCGGUGAAGGUCAAGACUGAGUAUGGGGAUGAUGUUCGGAUCGAGGGCGAACAUGACGAAGACGACAUGAUGGCCGCUAUGGGGUUCACGGGUUUUGGGGCUACGAGGAAGUAA